UAGAACCAGAAUGGUGGAAUCUACAUCGGCACAAAGAACAGUAGAACCUAGAAUGGUGGAAUCUACAUCGGCACAAAGAACAGUAGAACCUAGAAUGGUGGAAAAGAGAACGGUUGAACAUCCAGUAGAACCCAGAAUGGUAGAGUGUGUGGAGGGAUUCCCUGACAGUCUUGAAGUGACGGAACAGGAAAGUGAAUCAGAAAGAGACAUGAACCAGCAGGAGACAGAACAGAGGGAAGAGCGAAUGGAGGGAGAAAACAGACCGAUCAGCCAAGCAAUAGAGCAGCACAGAGAAGAGGGGACAACCGGAGACGGUGAGAAAGUGGAGGUAGAGGUGAAAAGAGAUGAGGCAGGAGAGCAGGAGGAAAAUAAACUUGAGAGAGAAACCAUGUGCAGUGACGGCAAAGAAAAGAUGAGGGAGGAGGUGAGAGAGGGAGAGGAGGAAGCGAAAGAGAAGGCCGGAUUGGAAGAUGAAGGGAUUGACUUCAGGGAAAAAGAGGAAAGAAAGUCCAGAGGGAGAGUGGAAGAGCAGGAGAGGGAAGAGGGGGAGUGCACUGAGAGAGGAGAUGAGAAGAAUGGAUCUGCUGACGUCCUUGGAAUUGAGAAUGAGGCCUUUGUGGAGGACGGGGAACUGAACUCGUCGGAGUGUCAUGACGAUUUGGAAUGGCACAGAAAGGACUGGGAGCAGUUCUUUAUGGAAUAUGAGGAGAUUCCCAGUCUUCCCCAUGAGGAUGAUGAUGAUGUGGAUUCUGCUAAGAGGAGGAAGAUUAAGUUCUCUACAGCACCAAUAAAGGUGUUCCUGACCUACUCAAAUGCARACUAUGACCGGCGUAAUGAUGAUGUUGACCCUGUGUCUGCCUCUGCUGAGUAUGAACUGGAGAAGAGAGUGGACAAGAUGGAUGUCUUCCCUGUCCAGAUAAAGAAAGGAGAGGAGGGCCUGGGUAUCAGUAUAAUAGGGAUGGGGGUAGGGGCUGACCAGGGGCUGGAGAAGUUGGGGAUCUUCGUUAAGACCAUCACAGAGAACGGAGCUACACAACAGGACGGACGUAUCCAGGUGAAUGACCAGAUAGUGGAGGUGGAUGGGGUCAGUCUGGUCGGAGUCACACAGCUGUUUGCUGCCACCGUGCUAAAGAACACCAUUGGCUCUGUCAGGUUUUUUAUUGGACGGGAGAAGCAGGGAGAGGAGAGUGAGGUAGCCCGUCUAAUCAAUGAGAGUCUGGAGCAGGACAAGACACCGUCUACAGUAGAGGUGUUAAAUGAUGGUGUUGUGGGACUCAGCUCAGUGGAUGAGACGGUAGAAGUCCUCCGUACAGAUGAUGAAGAGGAUGACGAAGAGAAAGAAAUCACCAGCUGCCUCAGAUGCCAACAGCUCCAGUUAAAAGUCAGGACCAAAUCAGACCAACUCUGCCUAGUGCGGGAGAAGCUGAGGGUGUGUGAGGAGCAGCAGGCCUUGUGGGAGAGUCAUCAGGCUGAGCUGAAGGAGCGUGUCCAGGAUGGAGAGGAGAAGGCUGACAAACUAGAGAAGUACUGGCAGGAGGCCCAGGCUCUGUGCAGGAUUGUGAACCAGCGAUUGGCUGACACCCAGAGCCAAUUAGACAGCCUGGAGGUGAAAUACAGCAAGGCCAAGAGACUGCUGAGGGAAUUCCAACACAGGGAGAAGGAGAGUGAGGGGAGAGAGGAGGAGCUGCAGAGAGAGAUGGAGGAGAGCGAGAGGAUACAUGGAGAGACUGUGGAGAGACUCCAGAGACGGAUAGGUCUACUGGAGCGAGGGGAGAUGGUCCCUGAGAGUGACAACCAAUCACUGGAUACCUCAUUUACAUCAAGUGCAGACUGGAGCAUUGCGGUGCCUGUGACAGGUCUGUUAGACACCAGCGCUCACAGGGCCAGAGCACAGCUCGCCCAAAAAGCCAAGAGACACCCUCCCUCACGAGACAAACUCAGAGAGUCCUUCAGACAACAGGGUGAGGAAGACCAUAUUCAGAGCUGUGACGGGAAGAGCCAAUCACUGACUACGAUCGCACCACGAGAGACGGGACGAUCGGUCUCAGCAGGCGGUCACCGUGUCCACUCCAGCACAUCCUCUCUGUCUGCCCUCACCUCCAAGCCCCACCCUCCCUCUCUCCUCACCCCCCAGCCAGGCCAGUCCCCCCCUAAUGAGGACAAGUCAUCUACCACACGCAAAUCAAAGAGGAGAUUCCCUGACUUCAGCGGCCUCCGCAAGUCUCUGAGGAGAGGGAGGAAGAGUGAGGAGAAGAACAAGGAAAGACCCCUGGACCACAGGGGUUUAUGUGUUAACCUGGUGGAUGCCCCCAGCGGUGGUGUCUCUCCCUCUGUCUCCUCCAUGCCCUCCUGCCUCCCCUUCUCCUGGUUCGGAGAGCAAGGGAGGGAGAAGGAGAGAGGGAAGCUUAGGUCUGUCUCCAGCAGCAGUCUACCGCACAUGACCACCGGAGGCAGUAGAGAAUGCCAGAGAGUGAAUGUAGGAGACCCAGGUAGUCCCAGCUCUGCUCUCCUGUCAGGGAUGCUGUCAGAUCUGUCUCUCUCUGCACACUCUCAAACUCUCACCUUCUCAUCAGAGAACCUGGAUGAUGACUCUGUCCCAGUUGGUAAGGAUUACCAAUGGCAAAGCCGACCCCUGGACCAAUGGACUAAUCAGCAGGUCUGUCUGUGGUUGAUUGGCAUGAGCAUGGACCAAUACGCGGCCCAGUUCACAGCCAAUGGUGUGGAUGGGCUGCAACUUCUCAGUCUGGACAACAACAAACUCAAGGCUCUGGGUGUGUGCAGUCACAGUGACCGUGCUGCUCUGAAGAGAAGGCUGAAGGARAUGAGGAAGACUCUGGAGAGAGAGGAAAAGGAGAGAGAGAAGGGAAAGAAGGAGAGGGAACAUGAGAAGAGGAAGGAGAGAAAGGAGGCCAGGCAUAGUGGUAAAAAGGUCAGAACCGAGUCCCUCUGCUAAAGUCUGGACCCUGACCUCUAACCUCUAAACCCGGAAAUGAUCUUCAAUCACAACUUUUUGUCUAAGUCCUACUACUAUUAGGCUCAUCUCAUGCAUUCCAGCCUUUAGACAAUCAGCUAUAGUCUCUCUCUAUUAUAAACUCUACCAGCACAGAAACGUCAGUCUUACUGUUAGUCUUCACUGUGACUGGUGAAAUAUACUUUUUAUCUGUUUUGUAACAGUAUUUAUGUACAGAUGUUUCUAUACGAAUGUUGUACAAUUGAUUGCAAUGAAGCACUUAAUUAUUUUAAGCUGGGAAUAUUUUACAUUCAUUAAUAAAUAAUGUUUUAAACGUAUUGCCUUAAAGUUUUAUUUGACUGAUCAGAUUCUUUUUUUUUUAGGUUCAAUUCAAUKUCCAUGACAUUGAAGUAUCAAAGUGCACAAAAACCAAAAGAGAUUGUGACUGAUUGUGACUGUAAAAACAUGUAUUUAAGAAAUCCUUGCAGUUUUCCACGUUACUUUGCAUUAAUGUCAAGAACUGUCGCUGGACAAAUCCUCCACAUUUUGGUAUUGAAUGGGCCCUGUUUAAAUACCUAUAAAAUGCAUAAUUUCAUCUUCAUCACUUACUUGAAAUGAUCAGUGACGUAACGUGAGGGGUUAGAAAACUACAAUCUGUAAUUACUCCACACACGCCUCUACAUCACUGGUCCAUCUCAACAAUAGUAAUACACCAGAAGUACAGUACGUACAGAACAUUUUGUCUGAGCGGUUAUGGAUGAAAAAGUUAGUACAUAAUACAGAAAGAUGGCACAGGAAAGCUGCUGAUUAGCUGCUGCUAUAACUUGAUAAAAUAGGACCCCAGUUAAACACCUGAAAUGUGUAGAACUGUCUUUACACAUGAGUGCAGAUGUUGAAACACAAUGUCUAUUUGUUGUUUUGAGAUGAUUUGGCAGUGUGAUUUGACACGUCCUUCCAUACGUUGAACACUCAUUCUGGGUUAAAAAAAAGAGUAUUUGGCCAUAAUGGUUAGGCAACAUUCUCACACAUAUUAACCCCCUGUCGUGACCCAAGAGUCAAUUGAUGCACCAGUGUUGUCAAUCUAAGUUGCAUAACAGAAAAGAAUCGCAUCAAUCUGUCAGUUUAAGCUAGAUCUGUUUUUUGCAUUAGAUGCGUCUCAAUCCGCCAGUGUCGCACUUCCGCGUCUACGGUGAAAGGUGGUAGAGCUAGAACGAUGUUUGUCAGACCAUGACACAUCCCGAAAAUCGCUCUUCUCACGAGAACGUCUGUAGCGUCCGAACGGUUUCACCAAACUAUACUGAACAAAAAUAUAAACACAACAUGUAAUGUGUUGG